AUGCGCAGCUCCGCAAUGCGGGUGGUGGUGGGUGGUGGGACUGGCUUCGUGGGCAGAGCCCUGACCCAGCUGCUGCGGAGCCGAGGGCACCAAGUGACCCAUGUGUCGCGACGAGGGGGCAAGGAUCGGAUCAGCUGGGAAGAGCUGUCCCGCUCCGGGCUGCCCCCGUGUGAUGCUGUGGUCAACUUGGCUGGUGAAAAUGUCCUCAACCCUUUCCGCAGAUGGGGUGAUGCCUUCUGCAGGGAGGUCACCAGCAGCCGGGUGGAGACCACGAAGACCUUGGCCAAAGCCAUUGCUGCUGCUGAACAGCCCCCCCGUGCCUGGGUCCUCGUCACUGGCGUAGGUUAUUACCGCCCCAGCCCCACAGCUGAGUACACUGAAGACAGUCCAGGAGGGGAUUUUGACUUCUUCUCACGCCUGGUGAGCUCGUGGGAGGCUGCAGCUCUCAUCCCUGGGAGCCCAACUCGUGGUGUUGUGGUGAGAUCAGGUGUAGUGCUGGGUCGAGAUGGUGGUGCAAUCUCUCAGAUGCUCUUGCCUUUCCGUCUGGGACUUGGAGGCCCUAUGGGCUCUGGACUCCAGCCCUUCCCAUGGAUCCACAUUCAGGACCUGUCUGGGAUUGUGUGUCAUGCCCUGGAGAAAGAGUCUGUGCAAGGCAUCCUCAAUGGUGUUGCCCCAUCCUCCCCUGGCACCUCCAAUGGCACCUUUGCUCAGGAGCUGGCGGCAGCCCUGGGGCGCCCGGCCCUGUUGCCGGUGCCUGCCUGGGCUGUGCGGGCUGUCUUUGGGGCAGAGCGGGCGGUCAUGCUGCUGGAGGGACAGAGGGUGCUGCCCAAACGCACUCUGGAGAGCGGCUACCACUUCAUCUUCCCCGAGCUGCCUGCAGCUCUGAAGGACAUUGUGGCUUAAGGCCUCCUCAGUUGGGCUGGGCUGGGCCCUGUUUGUGUGAGCUCCCAUGCCUUCCCAUGAAAAAGGGGAGCCCUGCCCCUUGAUGCUUCCCCAUCUCCCUACAAAAAGGGUGAGAAAAGGGAUCCUUUUCCCCUGUAUCUCCCUGUGUGCAUCCCCAGUUUAGGAGUCAUCCCUCUUACUGCCACCUGAAUCUCAACAUCACCUGCAUUUGGGGAAAGGAAGGCACAAGCCCCUCAAAGGAUUGUGACUGUGGAAUUGCCCGUCUUCCUUUUUGCAUGGUGUUUGUGUGUGAGCUGCUGGCAAAGCAGCUGGGGGUGUAAUGUCUUCUUCCCUGAGAGAUGUGGCAGGAGGAAACAGGUCCUAAUGCUGUUUUGAUUCUUCCAUGGUACUGGAAGUCACCCUUCCUGUUUUUCCUCAUGAUGACACAGGCAAAGCAAAGAGCAUAAGUCUCUUUCUAGGUCUUGGUGGCUGUGGGAGAAGAUCCAUCUUAGGGUGCUGAAUACAGAUUUCUUGGAGACUCUGCCCUCUCUUGUGUCUGGUACCAGGCUGAUGUGUCAGUACCUUCAGCUGAAUCUAGUCCAACCCUUCCAGGGUUCCAUGCUCCUUGUGCUGUGGCAGGGAUGAGGGAGAACGCUGCUUUGCCAGCCUGUAGGGAAAAGGGUGACAAUCAGACUGCGUCCCCUUUUGCCUUGGCUACAUGCCCACUACAUCUAAGCUUGUGCUGAGGAGAGCUGGGUGGUGCAUCAUUGUGUGAGGCAGUGCAAGUCACAGCUUUAGUCUAAAGGAAGAUUUCAGCUAUUGCCUUCAUUGUGCUUACCUCGAAUCAGGGUGGUUUUCUUUUAUUGAUCCCAUGAGGUGGUGCUUGUGUUCAGGGUGUUCCCCCUGACUACACACAGAAUAUCCAAGCUGCCUGGUCUGCCCUGGGGGGCAGUACCUCUACCCUUGUCAAGCAGAUUGCAAUUUCAUCAUCUCACAGUGGCAGGAAAUGUAUCCACAUGCUUCCCUUGACCCACUUCCACAGCCUAAAGUGGGUUGCAGGUUGUGAAGUCCACAGAGCAGCAAAGUUUAUUAUAGCAGUACUUCUGGAGAGACAUUCCUACUGUGAUGUAAGUUAGGACUAGAAAAUUGUAUUAAAAGGCACUUCAGGCAGAUAAAGACCUACUCUUUACCAUUCAGAGCAGCAGCAGUCCAUGUAUUUUUGGUUUAUGCCAUGCUAUAGUCAGAGUAGCUGAAGGAUCAGUCUUGGUGAAGUCUAGAUGUCCCACUCUCCUGACUCUUUGCCCAUACAUACUGGAGACAGAAUGGCAAUGUGCUGGCUUUCCAGGCAGGAAAAAUAGAGUGGGACUGCAGAUGGAACUGGACAUAGUCCUUGCAGUUAGUGUAAGCACAGCCAGCUGAAGUGGGACUUCGGGAGUAGUCAUGAAAGCAACGUGGUUUGGGACACAUGUGGGUUUCCUGGACUGUGUCUUUGCUGCCUGUAAGUUAGGUGCAGCUUCCUUCCUCUUCCCAAGAGCUUGUUUUCUGUGAGAGUAGGCUGACAUACUCUGAGAUACAGACCCAGUUCCUUGUGGGCCAGUACCAUGGGGGCAGUCAGUAGUGCUGCUUUAGUUACUUCAGCUGAGUAUUUAGAGCUUCAGAGCUUCCCCAGAUGUUGUGGUCUGCAGCACCCUUCUGUCAGGCAGGCAGGCUAACCAGCCCAGUUAGGUUGUUGCUGUACCUGUAUAAACUUUGAUGACUGCAAUGGGUUGUGAUUGUAAAUGAGAACAAGUAUUUUUGGAGAACUGCCAUCUUCAGCUCUUCUGAAAGAAGUGUUUGCAUCCCACAGAGGACUGACACUAAGCAGAGUUCCCAGGCCUUGGACUCACUGUCUGGAUGUGUAACUCACUCAGGACUUUUGAAAAGUUGCCUCUGUAUGAUGUUUGGCUUAAAUAUAUGACAGGUUUAAAUGAGCUUCUGUCAUCUGAAUCUGUAUAUGGGAUCACUGUCUUCUGAGUGCAGUUAAGACUUUCCAGCGCAAUAAAUUCACACAUGCCCCAUGCCCCUUUCUUUGCAGUAGAGCCAGAAAAGGUGCAUGUUUGGGUGACAGCAGGCUGAAAUCUCAAUAGAAUAUAUCUGGUUUUGGUGACCUGGCCCCCAGGCUGCAAGGUUGUGUGAUCCUGAGUACAGGCAUUGUUACCCCAGGGCUGGCAUUGCAGUGCUCAGGGCUAGCAGAGUGUUUGCAGGCAUACCUGAGCCAAUGCUGUGCCCCUCUGCAUUGGGGCAGGUGUCUCUGUUCCUUUAGAGGUUAAUGAUUUUGUUAAGCCAUGUGAAAAGCAGCAGCUGUGGCCCAGGACCCUCCUGUGUGGCCACUGACAUCCCAGCCUGGGGGUCUUGUAGCCAGUGUUUCUGUCCAAGCUGAGGACACAGCUGUUCCUUCCUGUUUGCAGGGUAAGGCAGCCCUGAUGGUGAGCUGUGUCACACUCAGACACGUGGACAGUGACACACAGAUGAUACUGGCAUGGCUGUUAGCACCCACACACAGGACACAGGUGACACACAGGCACCGUGCAUGAUGGGGCUGGCAGACUCGUGUGACACCCUCAGGGUUCACAAGGAUGUGCACACUUGGGAAUCCUUUGAGCACUUGAGUAUGACCCCUCUGUCCACCCAGCACUCCAGCAUGGACCACAGCAUCCUGACCCAUCCCCUCCUUGCCAGCUGCUCCAGCUUGACACACCAAAGCAACACUCAAAUGCUUAUCCCAAAGGCACACCACACUUGCAGGUAUCUCCAAGUACCAACACGGAUCCCUUGCCCUCCUGAUAACCCUGCCCAUACCUGGAGUCCCCUACUUGGAAUUACUGCUGCUGGAUAAAUGUGUACACCUGGUUUGUGGGAUAUACAGUUGCUUCCUCCAGAAUCAGCACACCUGCUGUCCUCCAGCUGGCAUGGAGCCCCUGACUCUCCUUGCUCAGGCUUGCUCCCCCAGCAGCUGCUCUUGUGGGCACAAAGUAUUCCUGCCUCAGUGGCUGUAGGGUGAGUUCCCACUGGCUCCAAGAGCUGCUACCACAGGCUGGGUCUCUGCUCUCCCUCUCUCCCUGUCUGAUUUCAGGAGUUGGCCUCAGUAUGCCAGCUGCCCACUUGGUCCUUGCAGACCACAGAGGGACCCUGGGAGGUUGCACAGAGUGUUACAGAAAGAUUAAAUAAGCCAGGACUGUGGUGCUCAAGUCUAGAGCUCAGCCAGACCAGGACUGACUGCUCUCACAGGUUUACACCCAACCAGGCUCUCAUAACCCUUUUCUGUCUAACCCCUCCUGGCUGCUCCCUGUCCCAGCAUAGUUCCUCAGCAGCUGCCAUCCCACUGUCUUCAUCCAACAUCCUGGACACUGAGCUUUGCAUCCUUAUCAGUUGCAAAGUCCUGGGCUGCCUACAGCUUCUUGAGAGCUCGUCAGCUGGUGUGAGUGAUGCCAUUUGUUUCUGGUUACUUGCCUUGUUAAUGCUAAUUGGUCAGGAUUUAUGAGAUGUCUCCCAUACUUCCCUACUGUAAAAAUAAAUG